GAAUUCUCGUUUUCAGGUUCCGCGGCCGAGUUAAUGCAAGAAUAUGAUCGGGCAAUGAAUGCUUAUGAAUCAGCUCUAAGACACAAUUCAUAUUCUAUUCCUGCUUUAUCAAGUAUCGCUGCCCUUUGUCGUGGAAGAGAACAAUUUCCAAAAGCUGUUGAAUAUUUUCAAAGGAUCUUGAAUAUUGAUCAAGCAAAUGGUGAAAUUUGGGGUGCUUUAGGUCAUUGUUAUUUAAUGAUGGAUGACCUUCAGAAAGCAUACGGUGCUUAUCAACAAGCAUUAUUCCAUUUACCCAAUCCAAAGGAACCUAAGCUUUGGUACGGAAUCGGUAUAUUAUACGAUCGUUAUGGUUCACUGGACCAUGCCGAAGAAGCUUUCUCUCAGGUUAUGAGAAUGGAACCUAAAUUUGAAAAGGCCAAUGAGAUCUAUUUUAGGUUGGGAAUCAUAUAUAAACAACAACAGAAGUAUGACCAGAGCUUGGAAUGCUUUAAAUAUAUUUUACAUAAUCCUCCGAGACCUUUGACUGAAGUGGAUAUUUGGUUCCAAAUUGGUCAUGUAUAUGAGCAACAAAAGAACUUUAUGUCUGCUAAGGAAGCUUAUGAACGCGUGUUAACUGAUAACCCAAAUCACGCUAAGGUUCUACAACAGCUUGGGUGGCUUUAUCAUCAACAAAAUGGCACUGAUGCUCAAUCGUGGUAUCUUCUUGGGCGUUGUUAUAUGGCUCAACAAAAGUACAAUAAAGCUUAUGAAGCUUAUCAACAGGCUGU